UCUCAUUGUCAAGACAGUCGCGUGGAAGCGGUAUCAGGCGACCGUUAUGCGUUUUCUGACUCGUAUUUAUCGGUCUCCGCUCGUUUUACACAAAAAAAUCUGCAAUUCUUCUAAACUUGUGCCUUUAAUUCUGAGAUCUCGCUCUUUCAGCUCUGAUUCCCGGGUAGGUUUCAAUGAUUACGAAAAGGAAAGGAAAUCCUGGAAUGUGGAAAUACCGGAAAAAUUUAACUUUGCUUCUGAUGUCAUAGAUGCCUGGGCCCAGCGAGAGAAGAAUGGACAACGAAGUGAUGAAACUCCUGCAUUUUGGUUCGUUUAUGAAAAUGGAGAUGAAAUAAAAUGGAGCUUUCAGGACUUGAAACGCGAAACAGAAAGGACUGCGAACUUCUUAGAAUCUGGUUGUGGCAUCAGAAGAGGAGACAACGUUAUAGUAAUGUUGCCAAAGAUACCUGAAUUCUGGCUGGUGAAUAUUGCAGCCAUAAGAAUCGGUUUCAUUUUGAGUCCAGCAAGUAUGCAAUUAACAGCAAAAGACGUAUCGUACAGACUUUCGGCCUUGAAACCAUCAUGCAUAAUAGCUCACGAGUCAGCGACAGAGAUAUUUGAUCAAGUUUCUAGCUCGGCUUCAGGGUUGAGAACAAAAAUAUCAGUCUCAAGUAAAAGCAAUAGAAUAGAAAAAGCAGGUUGGGUUGAUUUUCAUUCUGUAAUAGAAGGCGUAGAAGCGAAACAUAAGUGUGCGGAUACCAAGAGCGAUGAAAGCAUGAUGAUCUUCUUCACCAGCGGAACUACUGGCAAUCCGAAAAUGGUUGAACAUUCGCAUAGCAGUUAUGGAAUUGCUUUAGCGGACGCUGGAAAGUAUUGGCAAGAUUUAACCGAUCAAAAUAUUAUUUGGAAUUUAAGCGAUACAGGAUGGGCGAAAACGGCUUACAGCAAUUUAUUCACGCCGUGGCCAUGGGGAGCAUGCGUAUUUGUGCAUGAGAUGAGAAGAUUUUCGCCUGUAUUAACACUUGAGGUCCUGUCUAAGUAUCCAAUCGAUACUUUAUGCGCUCCUCCUUUGGCUUAUAGAAUGAUGGUGCAGCAAGAUAUGCAAAAAUAUGAGUUUUGCAAAUUAAGUCACUGUCUUAGUGCUGGUGAAGCUUUGAAUCCUGAAGUGAUCAAGCAGUGGAUAACUUUAAAAGGACUCAAAAUCUAUGAAGGUUAUGGGCAAACAGAGACAGUCAUGCUUACAGGAAUGUUUAAAUGCUUAGAUUUUAAACCUGGCUCACUUGGGAAACCAGCACCAGGCAUGGAUUUGGUAAUAAUAGAUGAAAAUGAAAAUGAGCUUGGCCCAGGCUGUAUUGGUGAAAUAUCGAUAAGAAGAAGGGAAAAAAUGUUCGGCAUUUUUAAAGGCUAUAAGGAUGACCCAGAGAUGACGAAGAAGAAAUUGACAGAAAAAUAUUUUCAUACAGGAGAUGUUGGAUAUUAUGAUGAUGAUGGAUACUUUUGGUUCGUCGGAAGAAAUGAUGAUCUGAUUAACUGCUCAGGGUAUCGCAUAGGCCCCUUUGAAGUUGAGAGUGCUUUGAUGGAGCAUCCAGCCGUGAUGGAAGUUGCAGUUACUAGCAGUCCUGAUGAACAGAAGGGAGAGGUCGUAAAAGCAUUUGUAGUGCUACAUGAAGAUUAUCUCAUGAGAUCAGAGCUGGAACUCAUUAAAGAACUCCAAGAGCACGCUAAGCGAACUACAGCCCCUUAUAAAUAUCCCAGGAAGAUUGAAUUCAUGAAGGAACUACCUAAAACAACGAGUGGGAAAAUAAAAAGAAAUGUAUUGAAGAAAAAAGAAUGGAGAGUGUAAUCUACUUUGUCUAAUAAAACUUUUUGAUACUGU